AUGAAGCUCGAGCUGGACGUACAGGCAGCCGAGACAUUCCUAUACCCGACCAAUAUGGCCAAGCGUGACUACCAAUUCAACAUUGUUCAGCGGGCGCUCUUCGACAAUGUCCUCGUCGCUCUGCCUACGGGUCUAGGCAAGACGUUCAUCGCAGCAGUCGUCAUUCUCAACUUCUUUCGCUGGUAUCCAAAGGGCAAGAUCGUCUUCGUCGCCCCCACGAAGCCGCUGGUCGCACAGCAACAAAUGGCAUGCCACGGAAUCUGUGGUCUCCCAUGGGACGUAGCCUGCGAGAUGACGGGCAACACCGCCAAGUCUCGCCGCGGCGAUGAGUGGGAAGAGAAGCGGAUCUUCUACAUGACGCCACAGACGCUUGACAACGAUCUGGCAACGGGCGACGUCGAUCCGAAGGACAUCGUCUGUCUUGUAGUCGAUGAAGCGCAUAGGGCAACGGGCAAUUACGCCUAUUGCAACAUCGUCUCGCAGAUGCAAGCUGUCAAUCCGUACUUCCGUAUUCUCGCCCUCACCGCUACACCCGGCUCAACGAGCGAGAGGGUUCAGGAAGUCAUUGACAACCUACACAUCAGCCUCAUCGAGCUGCGCACCGAGGAAGCCCUGGAUAUUCGUCAGUACAUUCACAAAAAGCGCGAAGAGCCCAUCGUUGUGUCCAUGACCGACGACUUCCGCCACCUGCGCGACCUCUACCUCGACGUCAUGGACGAGAAUUGCAACACCCUCGUCACUCACGUACUGCUCCCUCGCUGCGAUGCAGCAACGCUCCAUCCGUUCCGCGUUCGCUCCAUCUACGCAGAGCGCAAGAGCAUUCUGGCUCAGAAGCGCUGGCUUGGCUCCACGAUCAACGAGACGGCCAAGAUGGCCGACGCACGUCAUCACCUCGAUACUUUCUCCAUCAAGAUGUUCCGUGCUCGAAUUCAAGAGCUGCUGGACAGCAUGAAGAAGCAGGACUCCAAGAAGAUGAAGCUCGCACAGGUCAUCAACCUCGCUGCUUCCAUGCCGGAUGAGGCGCAUCCCAAAAUGAUCAAGUGUGUCGAUGUCAUUCUCGACCAUUUCUCGAGGGAGACGCAGGACUCAUCGACGAGAGUGAUGGUGUUCUGCUCUCUGCGCGAGGCUGUUCACGAGAUCGUCGACCUGCUCAAUCAGCAGGAGGGCGUCAAGGCCACUCCUUUUAUAGGCCAAGCGUCAGACAAGCGAGGCCGCGGACUUACGCAAAAAGAACAGCAAGAGAUCAUCCAGAAAUUCAAGCAAGGCACCUACAAUGUCAUUGUUGCCACCUCGAUCGGUGAAGAAGGUCUCGACAUCGGCGAGGUAGACCUGAUCGUCUGCUACGAGGCUGUGAAAGACUCCGUGCGCAUGCUUCAGCGCGUGGGCCGAACAGGUCGCAAGAGGGAAGGUCGCAUCGUCGUACUGAUGACCGAGGGACCCGAGUCGAGCGUCUGGCAGAAGUCAAAGGACACGUACAAGGGGGUCCAGCAAACAAUCACUGCAGGACAUAGCGUCACGCUCUUUGAUGACGUACCUCGUCUGGUGCCGCAGAGCAUCAAGCCCACGGCUCACUUCGAGGAGUUGGACCAGCCUGAGUUUGAGCCGGCGAUGAUCAGCUCGAAGAAGGCCGCGGGCAAAUCUCAGUCGCACGGCGAGCGCUCAGAAGAAGAAGAAGCAGGCAGAGGAGGAGGCAGCGUAUCGACAGGCUGCGGAGCAGAGCGGCGCCCAGCUACCCACCGCAUCGAAGCCCACCACUAUCUCCAGCACCGACAGUCGCGGCGAGACUACAAAUAG